AGCUUCCACCGCUACAAAUUUUUUUUUUUUUUCUUUUCCCCCAUUUUAGCUUCAUUUUCAAGCUACAAUGUCUUGAAUUCAUCUUCUUCAAAUAUGUGCAGUUUCUGCACAAAACUUCACAUUCCUAACUCUCUAAUUUCUCACUCUCAACUAUCAAGUUAGUACAGUUUUGUGUCAAAUUUGUGGAUUUUGUUUAUAAUCUCAAAAAAUGGUAGAAGAUGCAUGUGCGGAGCGCCCUUUAUAUGGUGGGGCAAUAGCAAUGACGUUUCCUCUCAGAUUUCAGGAUUUAAGCAAUGUGAGAGAAGUUCCCGAUCAUCAGGAAGCGUUUGCUGACGCUAAUCGAGAUGAAAGUAUUAUUAUUGAACUGUUAGACUUGAAGCAAGACGUCGCUGAUGAAGCUAGUGCUGUGUGGUUCAUUCAAGACCUUGCUAGGGAACAGGAUGCCGAAGGUGGGAUGCUGAUUGAACAGUCAGGAAUCUUAGAGGCCCCUGGAUUGUGCUACAGAAGCAUGCCUGCUGUUGUGACCAGCGCUGUUGGCCAAAUGGCCAUUUCUAAGGGACGGCAAGGCAGAGAGGCACAGAAUAUAGUAAGGGUUUAUUUGGCUAAUUUGCGUCUUAAGGAAGUUGGCACAGAUAUCUUGAUCACUGCUUAUGAGCCUGUUGUUAUAAACCCAUUAAGUGAAAGUGCUGGUACUGUCGGUGCUGGAGUUGUAGCGCCUGCCGAACAAUCUGGAUGUAUACCAAUGGCCGAGGUCUUCAAGCUUUCUGUUUCAACCUUCAAAGUCAAUGAUUGGAGCCUUUUCAAUGCUUGAGGAUGUUGUUCUUGGUAAUUGGCACUACAACAGUUUUAUUAGUUCAGUAGCGAGGAAAUCAGGAAACUGUUGUCAUUUGUUAGUAGAAUUUGCUGUAGUUAGAAGGUUAAUGCUUGAUUCUGUCACCGAUUUACCGUUAAAUUCGUUUUGUAAAUUGCCUUUACUGGUUGAUUAUACAAAUAAUAAUUGGUUAUGGAAAUAUCAAUAUUCAGUGGUUAGUUUUGUCAAAAGAUAAUGCUGUCAACUUUCGCCAAUCACUUGAAAAUAUGACCUUCUCUCUCCAGAAAUUCAGGCUAAGCUAAAAAACUAGAGGUUUACGGCUGUUGACAACAAAAGUUUUGUCCAUGUAUGCUAAUGUCUUUGAUGAGUAUAAGAGCUUUUUUGUGGUUAGUCCAACUUUUGUUAAAUUCAAAACGAAAGGAAUCUUCUGGAGCAGCUUCUAUGGUGCUUGAUAUUUCUUCUAAAUGUGUAGUGAUUGUUGUCAAAACACGUUAAUAAAACUUCUCACCAUCUUUAUAGAAAACCACGUUGUAAGUAGUUAGCUUUUCUGGUCAA